CCACUUUCUUGGCGCUCAGCUCAGUUGCCGAAAGAAAGUCCGACGAGUCGUGACCACCGGGAGCCGCGAGGAAAACUCCAAUCUCAAUCUUUAAAAAAACAAACUCCAAUUUGGAUUUACUUGGGGAUUCGGUGUACGGAUUUCGGAAUCGCUGGGCUGUGCCGCCGCCAAUGAAAGUUGUGUGUUUGAUGUUCGCGUCGAUUUGGAAGUUUGUUUUUCCUAGCGCCACUGCCACUGCGUAGAGUUUAGUUCGCGUUUUGUCUGCCACUCGAAAAAUGUGCAAUUUGUUUCGGCUUUCGGCCUGUUUUUUGGCUGUCUGUCUGCUGCCCUUCGCCCUCAGCGAAGCCAAUGCCACGAGUGUUCAAAAAGAUCUUAAAUCUGAACCCAAAGAUGACUUGGUGCCCACGGCGGAGAAACUCAUAAGAUACAGAAGACAACCCCCCUAUUCAGUGAUCAAGCGAUCCAAGCAGCGACGACGUACAAAGGGUCCACCCAAGAUCAAGUAUGGACCACCUCCACCACAUAUACGCUACUCGUCAAAACCCUCGUUUCCAUCGCAUCACGAGGAACCAAGCUUCUCGCUGGAUGACUUUCAGCACCUAAAGUUCGAUGGUUCGGACUUUAAGAUACCCACUUCGAGCUACGAGGCGCAGUCCAUGGAUCUGGAUUUCUAUAACCACGAUACGGAACCGGAUCUCUAUGGAGCGCACAAGUUCCCCAGUCUGGAUUUUGGUUUGGUCACCACGCAUGAGCAUGUGCCGCACCAGAAGUACGGAUUACCUGAGCAGAGUUUCCAACCGGAUCACUCCUUUGCCUCGCACUAUGAGCCACCUCCUGCUCCUCCGGCUCAUAUACCAUCGACUAAAUAUGGAGUACCCACUGCCCCGGUUGCAGUUCCCAGCUACUCGCAUCAGGAUCUGCCAUCUCCGGACUCCUAUUCCAUUUACGAACAGAAGAUCCCCAAUGUGGGUUAUCAUCAGAACUUUGCAGAGCCACCCAAGAAGCCGCAUAAGCAUGGUUCUAAUCAUAAUCCCAACUUUGAGAUUGCCUAUUCCCCGCCUGCUUUCGAGAUCAGCACUUCCUAUCAGUCGAAUCACCAGCAGAGCUAUGUGCCUCCACAUCCCUCGCAGCCUCAUGAGGGUUUCGCUGAGCCACCUGCGAAUAAUUAUGUGAAGCCUGCCCAGCAUCCUCCCGCAAAUAGCUAUGCUCCACCUCAGCAUCCUUCUGCGGGUUAUGAGCAGCCUCCUCAGCAUCCUUCUUCGAGCUAUGAUCAUCCUCCUCAGCAUCCUUCUUCGAGCUAUGAUCAUCCUUCACAGCAUCCUUCUUCGAGCUAUGAUCACCCACCAUCACAUCCCUCCUCCACUUAUGAUCAACCUCCUCAACAUCCUUCUUCCAGCUACGAUCACCCACCUUCUAGCUACAAUCAACCUUCACUGGAUCACCCCAGCAAUUACCAGCAUCCUCCAUCCUCAUCCUACGACCAACCACCUCAGCAUCCGCCCACCAACUACAUAUCCUCAGACUCCCAUUCGCAUUCCAUCAAUUCGUAUCCCCAGGACGACUAUGCACCACCCACGCAGGAAUUGCCCUUGAAUCCGCACCACAAGUUUCCCAGCUUUGAUUUUCCAAAAUCCAGCUACGAAGUGCCCAUCUACGAUCCCGUGCCCUUCGAGGCCUCCAAUCGCGAUGAGCAGGAGUCGUAUCCACCCAUUCUGGUUUCUUCUCCCGAUCAGAAUGAGAUUACAUCGGAUGCACAUGCUUCUGGAAGUUCCAAGCGGCGGAAGAGGAAGCGUAAACCCAGUGGAGGUGCAGCGGGAAAUGUGCCCGCAAAACACACGUUAGAUGUUCCUGAACUCCAGCAGGCCUACGAUGCAGAUAGCCAUUCGGGGGAGUCCCAAGAAAAUGCGGAUACAGAUACAAAUAGCUCACACUUUGUGGAGAGGAAGCAGACAUUCUACAACUUUGUAACGCCCACAACGACGACGACGUCGACGACGCCGGCUCCUUGGAGUCCCAUGAGGGGCAGGAGUAGCACCACGCGGGUGGCUUUCGUGCCCACCAUAGUGACAAGCACCCCAGGAACUCCCACCACGACAAGGAGUAGAAAUCGGGGUUCAUCGAGGUAUCGCCAGCAGCCAGUUAAUCCCAGUUCACCGGAUCCCAACGUUAGAAUCGAUCAAUCGCACUCGCAAAGCUAUUACGAUGGAACCAUUGCACCACCCACCAGACAGAAGUUUACACCCACGACUGGAGGACGAGGAGGAUCGCGACCCACGCGACCUGGUUAUGUGAGGAACCAUGGUCCAGUUUCUCCGCUCGCCCUGCAGCCAGCCAAUCCACCCACAUCCAAGCGAACCACCAAGGGCGUCUUCGAUACGACGCUCUUCAAGAGUCCGCUCAGCGAUCGGGAAAUGCUGCGUCAGAACUUGCCAAAAAAUCACAAACUAUUUUGAAUUCUCAAAGGGAAUCGAAGAGGAGGCAUAGCUUAAAAAGACUUGGUUAACUAUUUCCUAGAAUUUAGCUGAUAGCUCUUAAGUUGUAUUGAAAACUAGGCUAAGAAUGUUGAAUAAAUUAAAUAAAAAGAA